AUGGUUGUAGUUGCUGAAGCAGCGAGCCAAGUACCAGAAUGCCACACUUUCACAAAGCUGCCAGUGACUGAUACAAUUAUUGGCACGGACCUGGUGGUGAGACUUCUGCUCUACACAGGGAGGAACUCAAGCUGUGCCACCUUGAUCAAUGCCACCCACACUAGUCUGCUGGACAUCACCAAGAAGACAAUCUUCAUUAUCCAUGGAUACAGGCCAUUUGGAUCCCCACCCAAUUGGUUGAAUAAGAUGAUAACGACUUUACAAAUGGUGGAUGACAUAAAUAUCAUCAUUGUUGACUGGAAUAGAGGAGCAACCACCAUUAACUAUUCAGUUGCCGUCUCCAACACCAAGAAAGUUGCUGAUGUUUUGGUACCCGUUAUUUCCAACAUACUGACAAUCGGAGGUUCCCUCAACAUGAUUCAUAUGAUUGGUGUGAGCCUUGGCGCACACAUAUCUGGCUUCGUUGGAAGUAGGUUCAAUGGACAGAUUGGACGAAUAACUGGCCUUGAUCCGGCUGGACCUCUGUUUAGAGGAAAAGGAAAAGGAGACAGACUGGAUCCUUCUGAUGCUCAGCUUGUUGAUGUCCUGCACACAGACAUAGAUGCUCUUGGCUACGAAGAAUUUUUGGGGAAUAUAGAUUAUUAUGCCAAUGGAGGGACCGACCAACCAGGGUGCCCUGCUACUAUAAUGAGUGGAAAAAGGUAUAUGGUGUGUGACCAUCAAAGAUCUGUCUUUCUGUAUAUAAACUCCCUUGACUCAACCUGUAAUAUCACCGUUUAUCCUUGUGCAUCAUAUGAAGAAUUCCUGGAUGCCCAUUGCACACAGCUUGACAGUACUUAUCCUAUAUUUGGGUAUCACAUUGACAAGUGGGCAAACACCAGCAGUUUAAUGAGGUUUCCAAAUAAGGUGUUCUUUCAGACCUCCACGGAUGAACCAUAUUGCAUGUAUUAUUACCUUCUGGACAUCAUCACUUGGAACAAGAAUACCCGGAAAGGCUACAUUACGGUUGGGUUAAUUGGAGAGAAUGGAGUCAUGGCGAAAUCACAAGCCAAUCGAAAUGCAAAAUCGUUCGAAAAGUUCAAAGAAGUCACCCUCCUUGUCAGUGUCGAUAAAGACGUGGGGAAUAUCACCAGUGUUUCACUGACAUUCAGUUCAGCCAAUCUAGUAGAACCCAAACUGAAACUGGGAAUACUUCGAAUGAAGUUGAAGUCAUUGACCUAUCCUGACAGGCCUCAUGUGUGCAGAUAUGAUAUAGCCCUGCAGAAGGACUUGGAGGAGAAGUUUCAGCCAAUCGAAUGUCAAGUGCAGGAAAUGUAA